AUGAUGAUGGAAUCUCCCAAGGCGACGGCUGUGUCUGUAGCUGCACCGACAGUGGAUGAUCAUGAUAAGUCGGUUGACGAGAAGGACGCGGUGGCGAAUGUGAGUCACGGCGGUGAUAGUUUGAGUGAACAAGAGCAAGGCGAAGAAGAAGAUGAUGAUUCGGAUGGUUACCGCUACGAGUCUGACUAUUCGUACGAGUACGAAGAUGAAGAUGAAGAGAACGAAGAUGAUACGCCUCCUGCGCUUAAUGGAGGCCUGAAGCGCAAGAUUUGUGCUUCUGCGAUGGAUCCGCAGCUGAGCAAAGCUUCCAAGAAUCCUUUGUCUCCAAGCCACGCUGCUGCUACAUGUACUGCUAGUGCUCCCUUGGCGAACUUGAAGACAACAGGCCUUCCACCAGAAAGCCUCGGUACCGGUACCGGUACAUGUACUACCAGUACCGGUACUACCAUUAUGAAGCCGACUUCCUUCUGGACUAGCACGCCUCAAUCUGCCCAGUCAAGAGUCUGUGAGUCCUGUCAAAGAGAAGAACAUUCUCCAGUAUUGGAUUGUCCAGUGGUCUCCAAGUGGCUCGAAAUGGCGCAAGACAAGGCAGCCGGCAUCGUCUCGGUCGAUUCUUCCUGUAUAGAAUCAUGUAUGCAACGUCGUGUACAAGAGUGUGUCGAACGCUUACGGGCCAUGGCAGAAGAAUUCGAGGGAAACACGCUUGACCACUUUUACAAUGCAUCUCCCCAAGUCGUCGCCGUGGACUUGAGACGUUUUGGAUGGAAUGUCACCGAUUGGCAAGAUGCCGUUCGUCAAAGGGCAGAGCAAGAACAGCGAUUGAAUUUACUACCACCAACCGACGUUUUACGUAGAACCUUGGUUCGGCGAACCAUUGAUCGCUUGGGAUUUGAGCAGGGAGAAAUUAUUGCACAAGAACAAAACAACCCACAGAAUAAUAACAACGGCGAGAACAACCCACAAAAUAACAACGACGACACUCAAAUUUACCCAGGAUUCGACCAGGCCGUUCGAGAAAUGCACCAAGAGCAUGAAGAAUUCCUCAGAGAAACCAUGAACCAAGAAUACCAAAUGGCAACAGCUCCAGUUGCCGCCACAACUCCUACUCCUACCGGUACCACAGUUUCCACCAAUGCUGCCACACUUCCAGCAGAUGAAAACACUAGUACGCAGCAAGACAUUACAGCCGAGGCAGCAUCAAUCCCUUUGCCAAGUGAGGAGCCGAACUCGUCGUCGUCUUCAGCCUCUGCAAUGAUGGCUACAACAUCUCCGCAACAAAUGAACCAACAAAUCGAGUUCUGCAUGUGCAAGAGCCCACCUGGAGAGAAUGCAGAAAAAGCAAAGCAUUCCAAUUUUUGUCAAGCUUGCGGAAAGGCAAGUGUCGCUCCCGACAAUAGUGGCUGGAUGUGUGAAAUAUGCAUGGACGAUGAAGUCGACGAGCAGGAUCGUCUAGCCAUGGAAUGCGGGCAUGAAUAUUGCAGGGAUUGCUGGGCACAAUUCAUCGCGGCAAUGCUUGAAGAAACUAGAGCCGCCGGUGGAAUUUUAACCAUUCCAGGCAUAUGCCCUCAUCGCCUAUGUCGCCAAAAAGUUACCAGAGGCCAUAUCGAGCUGUUUGCGCCGCAACUUCUCAACAUGUAUGAUGGAAUGGCGUUGAACUCCUUUGUACAGGGACACCACACAACGAUGCGCUGGUGCCCUGGUCCUGGUUGCGGACAAAUCGUCGUCCGUGCACGAGUCGGCUUGUUCCUACAUGAACUUGGAUAUGAUGCAAGGUUUGCUCGAUGCGAUGCCUGUCGAACACGAUACUGUUUUGAGUGCGGCGAUGAAGCACAUGAUGGUCGAAGAUGUAUUCGUCUCGAUGAGCAAGCUCUCAAUGCGGAAGAACAACAAGGGGAACGAACCGAGGAGACUACCGGUACGGAAAAUGACGAGGUUUUCGGGGGUUAUCCACGCAAUCAGCAGAAUGGACGACCAAGGCAACUGGUUGCUGGAGGAAACCGAAAUAUGCUUCGCCAAGGCGCUGGUGCCGUGGGGAUGGGUGCCUUGCCUCCCGGAGACGACAACAACGCAAUGGAAAAGAAGACGAACGAGAAGAUUCGACGGUGUCCCAGUUGCAAGGAUCCAAUUGAAAAGAAUGGGGGCUGCAAUCAUAUGACAUGCAAAUGCGGGACACACUUUUGCUGGCUGUGCAUGACCAACACAACAGGCAACCAUUGGAACCACUACUGUGGAAGAGAGCCGACACGGUUGGGCGGUGAUGGCAGGGAGGGUUUAGCCAGAGGCCGACGCCAAGAUGAAAUCAUGCGAGCUCGACGCGCCUUGAUCGGUCGACUACAACGAAUGGACUUGGACUAUAUCGCCGAGACGGUGCAGAUCGCACAAUUUGCAUGUGAUUCGAAGGCUGUGAAGGACGUGCUUCAGAAGCGACAGGAGCUCGUCCGCUAUGCUCACUACAUGAACAGGUUCAAUGCUCAUGGUCAAGGCCAAUGCUUUGCAGAGAACCAAUGUGAAUGCUUGGCAGGACGUGUCAUUGAUUUCACGGCGGUUUCCAAGCUGCAGAACUGUACGGACGCUGAUUUCAUUUCUUUGUCAAAUCAACGCCUCGUUGCGAGCCGUCGCAUGUUGAAAUACACCUAUUGCUUUUUGUACUAUAAACUUGAUGGCGACAAGUUUCAAGAAGGAGAAACCAAGGCGGAUGACUUUGAAGACAAUGAUUGUCCAGUGGACAAUGCCAUUUCCUCUUCCCUGCCCAUCUCCUUGGCUCUGUUCCUGGAUCACCAGGAACGUCUGGAACGAAUGACAGAGCAGCUGAGUUUUCUGAGUGAGAAUGCAGUGACCCGAACAGACCGCAAGCGUGUGGUGGAUAUGUCCGUGAUGGCGCUAUCCUUUGAGGCACAUGACGUCAAGGGAAGCAAUGUGUAG